UUAUAAUAAGAACAAAUACAACAAAAGGUACAUUAGUGUACAGGACAAGACAACAAGGAAGGCCAUGCAUGGAAUAGUACAAACAGAUAAAGUUCCAACUAUCAAUCUUGUUUGGCUUUCUUUAAAUUAUUUUUUUGUCUCCAUUUAUUUUAUUUGUAUUUGAUUCUCAGCCCACCACCAACUCCAUCAUAGACAGUAGAGACUAACCCCCAAUGCACAUUUAAUUAAUAUAUAUUUAUGCUUUUAUGUCAUAUACAGAGUUUUUUUAAUUAAUUUUAAGUCAUCAACUAGCUAUUUAUUUUGUCCUCACUAAUAAUACUCAACUUCUUAUUCCUUGUCUUUAUACAUAAUAAAAGAUUAUUAUAUAAAUAUAUAUAGUAGAGAAAACCACCUUAUAACCCUCUUUCUCUCGUUUUGGUGAUCUGGGUUAUGUUAAAUGAGAGAAAAAGAUCAUUAAUUUAAUUUUAUAAUGGUGAGAUUAGAGUUUUGAUCAUAAUUAUGAUGAUGAACCAAGUAUGGCAGUUGGAAAGAUUAUGGUAAUGGCAAUAGUAAUAUCAAUCAUACUCUUAUUUUUCGGAAUAGCUAUGUUGAUCUUUGUCCACGUGUGCAUCGUAGGCAGGGCUUUCAGGAGAGGUUUAGAAAACGUUCUGGUGCCGGAGAGAGGCGGCGCCACCCUCACCACCACCGCCGACAACACAAGCAUGUCCAAAGACGACCUCGAAAAGCUUCCAAGUUUUCACUAUAAAACUACAAGUGAGGAUGAUGAUGAUGUGGAUGAUGACGUGGAGUGUUCGGUUUGCUUAGAGAGUUUCCAGAUGGGUGACAAGUGUCGUUUAUUACCGACGUGUAACCACAGCUUCCAUGCCGAGUGUGUUGACACGUGGCUUCUCCGUACACCGUUUUGUCCCAUUUGUCGAACUGGAGCUGAUUCUCGUAAAGGAGAUGAUUUGAGCCAAACGACAGAGAGUAGCAGUCGUUUUAGUGACACUAAUAAUAUAAGGAUUGAUAUUGGGGAUGGUGAUAGUGGUGGUGAGAUGAGUCAUCAUAGAAUUGAAGAUGUUGGUGGUGGUGACAACAAUCACAUAAAUAUUGAAUUUGGUAUGAAUGAGAUUGUAGAAACUGAAUGUGUGGAAAAAUUAGGAGAGUUGAAUGUUGGUACUUGUUCUAAUAAUUCUGGUUCAAAAUCAGAAGAGAAUUGCCAAGGUGAUCAUGAGGAGUUGAGUUGAGUGUUGUAGUUUCCUCUCUUUCUGUUAACACAUCCAAUCUAGUCCAACUAGAUAGUAAUUGUAUCAUUAAUGGUAUUUAAUAUUUUUAUAUAUAUUUUGGGUAU